CUCACUUUUACUUGCUGAGACAAAAUAUUUCUGGAAGUACCAUCUCUGGAAGCGACAAUAUCCAGAAAUGACAUUUCAAUACCAACUUAUUAUCAAUACCAGAGUACUUGUUGACAUGCUGUGGCAGAGUAGGAAGAGCUUCUGGAACUGGUGAAGGUUUUAAGGAGGAACUUUUAUUUCUUCAGGUUCAAUGUAGUCUUUUGGGUUAGUACCGUGGAAGCUGGAAACAGAACUACUGUGCUCAAAAUGGUUUAUGGUGAAUUUUUUCAUAGACCUGGGAAAGAUGAGGAACUUAUUAACCUGAAUGUGGGCGGCUUUAAGCAAUCAGUUGAUCAAAGUACUUUGCUCCGAUUUCCCCAUACCAGACUUGGGAAACUGCUCAAGUGCCAUUCUGAAGAGGCUAUACUGGAACUGUGCGAUGACUACAGUGAUGCAGACAAGGAAUAUUACUUUGAUAGAAACCCUUCCUUAUUUAGAUAUGUUUUGAAUUUUUACUAUACAGGUAAACUUCAUGUGAUGGAAGAACUUUGUAUCUUUUCCUUUUGCCAGGAAAUAGAAUAUUGGGGGAUAAAUGAGCUAUUUAUUGAUUCCUGCUGCAGCAAUAGGUACCAAGAAAGGAAGGAAGAAGGUCCAGAUAAGGAAUGGGAUCAGAAAAGCAAUGAUAGAAGUAUGGACUCUUCCAAUGAAGAAUCAUCCAUAUUUGAUAAAGAACUUGAGAAGUUUGAUAACCUGUGUUUUGGUGAAAUACGAAAAAAAAUAUGGGUUAGAAUGGAAAAUCCUGCAUACUCCUUAUCUGCCAAGUUAAUUGCCAUUUCCUCUCUGAGCGUAGUCCUAGCAUCAAUUAUAGCCAUGUGCAUCCAUAGCAUGCCCGAGUUCCAAAGACUAGAUGCCAAUGAAAGAGAGAUUGAAGACCCGGUUCUGGAAGCAGUGGAGAUUGUAUGUAUCGUCUGGUUCACGGGUGAGUUAGUGAUAAGACUUAUUGCAGCUCCAAGUCAAAAGAAAUUCUGGAAAAAUCCACUGAACAUAAUUGAUUUUGUCUCUAUUAUUCCGUUUUAUGCCACGUUGGCAGUGGACACAAAAGAAGAAGAAAGUGAAGAUAUUGAGAACAUGGGGAAGGUGGUUCAAAUCUUACGGCUAAUGAGGAUAUUUCGCAUCCUGAAACUGGCAAGGCACUCUGUAGGACUGCGGUCUUUAGGAGCCACUCUGAGGCACAGUUACCAUGAAGUUGGACUUCUGCUUUUAUUCCUGUCUGUUGGGAUUUCUAUUUUUUCAGUUCUUGUCUACUCUGUGGAAAAAGACGAUGAAGAAUCAGAAUUGCACAGCAUACCAGUGUGCUGGUGGUGGGCUACUAUUAGCAUGACCACUGUUGGUUAUGGGGACACUUUCCCAGUCACCCUACCUGGAAAGCUUCUUGGCAGUGUCUGCAUUAUCUGUGGAAUAUUAGUAGUGGCUCUGCCAAUCACCAUAAUUUUCAAUAAGUUCUCCAAAUAUUAUCAGAAACAAAAGGAUAUUGAUGCAGACCAAUGCAACAAUGACCGUAAAGAGAAAUGUAAUGAGCUACCUUAUUUUAACAUUAGGGAUAUAUAUGCAAAAAAGAUGCACUCCUUCAUUUCUAGCCUUUCUUCAGUAGGAAUUGUAGUCAACGAUCAAGAUUCAACAGACGCCUCCAGCAUCCAAGAUAUUGAGGAUGUUUAUAACGCAACAGCUUUAGAGAAUGAACGUGCAUCUUUAGUCUCUUUGAAGACCCGUCUAUGACUGGACCUGUACUCUACUGGUUACUGAUGGCCCUAAACAGUCAAAAAGAAUCUUCCUUAAAUACUGAAGAGACACAGCAGCACCCAGCUAUUCAAACUGGUUAAAAGAACUGUCUGACACAGCUCUAAUGGAGAAAAUCACAAGCAGUAAGUGGCAUAAGAGGGCAGUAUUGACAGAUUUGAUCCCAUUAUACAUACACUAAUAGAGCUUAAUAUCAGCACCCAUUUCAUUUAAUAACAGUUCCCCAUUCCCUACUGAUACCAUUACUUUUUAUUUGCCAGGAAGAUCUCUCCAUAAAACUACACUUCUUUUCUUUUUCUUUUUUCUCUAGCCACCUCCUUUCAUGAAUUUUCAUGGUCUACUCAUGUAUCACAGUAAUCAUGCAGUCAAGCUUUUCAGGUACUUUGCAAUUCUGUGGACUGCUUCAUGUCAUAAUUAUCACUUACUGCUGCCAUUGUGUAAUGAUAUAUUGUAAUGUGUAGUUAAUAUUGCUUGCUGUCCCUUCGCUCUUAUAUUGUAAAAUCUCCAUAUAAAUGAACAUUCUCCCUAGGCAAACUGUGCAAAUAUCUCAGCUGACUGUUUCACAAUAAGGCAGGCUACCUCAACACCAAUAAAAUUUUGACAUUGCAUAUUU